AUGGAGAACCAGAAUCCGUUACCACCUGUGGCGCGUGAUGCAGCUGGCAACAAGAUUGAAAUGCGACCUUACUAUGGCGACAAGGAUCUCAACUACGUGCACUAUCUUGUAUACUCGACUGAUUUCGAUCUUGUUCCUCGGGGAGUACGACGAUUACUGCAAUCGCCUUUGGUGGUGAGCGUAUGGUUGGCCAUCUUUGCAUCGGUCUACACAUGGCUUCCUCCUUAUCUUGUGGGCCUGAUAGGAGCCGACCCGUUACUGUUGUAUAUCCGGAUUGCUGUGGUCAUAGCGAGCGUGGGUGGCGGGCUACUAUCGCUCUUUUGGUGGGUGGAUAAGCAAGCCCAUAUGCGUAUUCAAGAGGCGUUGUUGCAUGAUCUCAAGGAUCCUGGCGACUAUUAUCGUAAAGACAAUGGCAACUUUUGGCUCUUGACAGUGCAAGAUCAACCUGUCGCUUGUAUUGGUAUCGAUCAUCAUCAAUCCAAUGUUUAUUCAGCAUCAUCAUCAUCAUCAAGAGAAAACCUGGCAGAUUCUGAAGCGAUUCGUCAAGCCAAAUGGCCACGCGUGGCGUAUGUCUUAGCUCGGAUCGAUGAUACCAUUCGUGGAUGGGUUACAAAGACGACGCAGAAGGAGGAGGAGGACCAUCAAAAGGUGAUUUUCAAGGCACACAAACCCAACGAGGCGACGUUGCGUCGAUUAGCCGUCAAAACCAAUCUUCAGGGCAAGGGCUUAUCCACCCCCUUACUCAAACGUGUCGCUUUUUGGGCCCAUGCGCAACAAAUCGAGUAUCUUUACGCUGAGACCAAUGAACUCCAAACCACCAUGGCAGAUAUCCUAAGCAAACGACAUGGCUAUGAUCUCGUAUCAACGACGCGAGUGGGUCUUACAGGCGAAAAACGUUUAUGGCGUCUGGAUGUCAAGUUGUGGAUGAGCAAAGAAUUGGAAGCAAGGGAUCAACGCAACCUCGAAAAGGAAAUGCAAGAAGAAAAGGAGGAACUUAAGGGAUACAAUUACUAG